GGUCUUCAGUGAAGAUGGCGGACGUAUCGGGCAGCAAUGGUGAUACGGCGGGUCCCGUGGGGAAGGAGGCGGUGGAUCGAAUGAUCCAAGAGAACAACCACCUCUUCACAGAUGUCCAGUGUAAAGUGUGCAAUGCAGUACUCAUUUCUGAGUCCCAGAAACUCGCCCAUUAUCAGAGCAAGAAACAUGCAAACAAAGUGAGGAGAUAUACAUCUAUUCACAAAGAGGAGGAGUUUAAUGAUGGGAAAAAAUUGAAGCUAGAUUCAAAACAGGAGAGCAGCCAUGGCGAUGACAGGGAUCGGUGCUGUGCCAUCUGCAACAUGACCUUUUCUUCCCCCAUCGUGGCCCAGUCUCACUACCUGGGGAAGACCCAUGCCAAGAACAUGAAGUUGAAGCAGAGUAACUCCCAGGCGGAAGUUCCAUCAAAACUCCCCAUGAAUGCCCCUGGCCUCAGUGAAGACAAUAGUGACACAUCUGAUCCAGAUAAGUUCUGCAGCCUCUGCCAUGCCACUUUCAACAACCCCUCCAUGGCCAAGCAGCACUAUGUUGGCAAGAAGCACAAAAAACAGGAGACCAAAGUCAAACUGAUGGCUCAUUAUGGCAAGAGCAAGGACUCCCCGGUAACAGCUUCAGAAGCUGGGUGGGGCUACCCCUGCAACACAUGCAAAAUCAUACUGAAUUCCAUAGAGCAGUACCAGGCGCACAUCAGUGGCUUCAAGCACAGGAACCAUAUACCAGGAGCUGUGCCGAUCCUAGGACGCUUUCCAAAGCAGCAGUAUGUUCGAGAAGAAACAGUGUCCUCAGGAGACUACAGUUAUUUUAGCCAAGACUCCUAG